CGGUAACUCUCAUUCUGAUGUAAAUAAAAAAAGUGGUGCACUGUUAUUUAUACUACAGUAAUGUACCCAGUAAAGUGAAAUAAAUCAAGAAACACUGUUAGGCAUGAGACGAGUCUUUUUUGGGCUAUAAAAGAGACACGAGCAGUUCUCAGAAGUCGGAAGCUUGGGUUAGAGAGAGCCAGAAAGCGCUUCAUUUUGCUUUUGCUCUUUCUUUUCCAUUAAAGUUUUCUGUGAAGCCGAUUUAUUUCAGUAGGUAAAGAAAGUAAGCUGUCAACCUAUGAUUGUGUACGUAAGCGAGGAGCGAGCCUGCAAAUGGGCGGCAUAGGAGGCAGCUUCUAUAUCAACAUGCUCAAUGGAAGCGACGCGCAAAGUUUGGCCAAAGACGCAGAGACGAGCGGUCACCUUCACCGGAGCAAGGAGCUAGCGGACUUCAAAAUGGGCGUCCAAGACGCGAGGCUGUACUAUACAGACUCGGUUCCAAAUGGCCAGGACAACUUUCCGCUGUCGUACCACGGGGAGCAGUGCGCUAGUGAACUCGGAGCGCAGGCUGGAAGGUUUUACUCCGCGGCGGCGGCGGCGGCGGCAGCGGCUCCGCUCAGUAACUGUGCGUUCAGCCGCAGCAGUGCGGCCCAGGCUUACGCAGGGGCUGGUGGGUAUUCACCGGACAGUAAGGACGGCCAGUCGGCCAGCGCGGACUCGUAUCACGCGCACUUUCAGCAUGGCUACACACGCGCGUCUUUCUAUUCCUUACCUGGCGUACAGGUGUGUGGCAAGACGCAGGUGCUUCUCAACAACUACCCGCUGUGGGCCAAGUUUCACAAGUACCAAACCGAGAUGAUCAUCACCAAACAGGGCAGGAGGAUGUUCCCCUUCCUCAGUUUUAAUAUCAGUGCUCUGGACCCCUCGGCUCAUUACAACGUGUUCGUGGAUGUGGUUCUGGCCGACCAGCACCACUGGAGGUACCAAGGAGGCAAGUGGGUGCAGUGUGGCAAAGCAGAGGGCAACAUGCCAGGAAACAGGAUGUAUAUGCAUCCUGACUCUCCUAACACAGGGAAUCACUGGAUGAGACAGGAGGUCUCAUUUGGCAAGCUUAAACUCACCAACAACAAGGGCAGCUCCAACAACGUGGCACAGAUGAUAGUGCUGCAGUCUCUUCACAAGUACCAGCCACGAUUGCAUAUCAUGGAGGUGAGGGAGGAUGGCACAGAAGAUCCCUUCCGUAGCAGUAAGGCGCAAACCUUCAAUUUUCCAGAGACGCAGUUCAUUGCAGUCACUGCCUACCAGAAUGCAGACAUCACUCAGCUGAAAAUAGACCAUAACCCUUUUGCAAAAGGUUUCCGGGACAAUUAUGACACACUGUAUGCCCCUCCUGACUCGGAUCGUAUCACCCCCUCCCCCACUGAGGGACAGCAGCUCAUGGCAGCCAGCUGCUAUCCCCGCCAGCCUUACCUGGCUGAGCAGUACAUGAGUCCACUGCAGCCCAGUCGCUUCUACAGCUGUGAGCCCGUCAGCAUGGCACAGGGGUGCCCCAAAGACCCAAAUGGCAGUCACCAUGGUCGCUGGUACCUCCCUGGGCAGCAGGGCACACCCUCCAAUCUAUUGGAUUUCAGCACUUAUGACAGCGAUUAUACGACCAACAGCCUAUAUAAGCCAUUUCCCUUACAGACAUCACCCCACCACCCACUGAGCUACUAUCCGGAGAACCCCUUCGCUUCAGGGCCAAUAUCAAGCAAUAGCCCUGCCCCGUGGAGCACAGCAAGACCAUCACAGUACCUUAGCCACUCCCACCCUGGGAAAGCCACAUCUAGCCUGAGUUGGUUCCGCCCCAUGUCUACUUCUGCAAUUUCCUCCUCUCCUCCAACAGUAAAUUCACGCCUCCACGCUUCUCCAUCACUCAUUGAGUCCUUGAGGCUGCCUGUACUACAGGACAAGCCAAAAGAUUUGGCAGAGGACACUUGGAUGGAGACCCCCUCUGUCAAAUCGGUAGACUCUGUUGACUCUGGUCUUUUUGAGGGUGCAGAGAGCAAGAAAAGACGAGUGUCACCCUAUGCCUCCAGCACUGAGAACUCUCCUCCCAUUCGCAGCAGCGAAGCCUGUGAGAAGGACAACAGCAGCGAUGCGGGCUACUACGGCUUCUACAGUCACUGAGAGCCAUCGUCUCUGAGUUAGUGUAGCACUCCUGCUGUGUCCCACCUACAGGGCUGCACUGCCUUUUGGGAAAAAGCUCUGUGGGAGUCAAGACGAGGGACAACAGAGACCAGUAACAGCUAACACAGAACUCCCUUCAUAGCCUUGGUCCUUCAUAGCCUUGGUGCUAUUUGUUAUUUAUCCAUACACUGUUAUCACUGGCGCUCUCAUGUUUGGAGUGCUGCUUCCCUAUGGAAGUGCUGUGUGGGUAAGGUCAGGUGGAGGUGCUCCACUCAUCCUGAAGGUCACUGUCAUGGUGAGGACUAGUGAUUCAAGACAAUGUGACUAGGGUGAAACACUGGCCUGGAGAUAUAUGCAUGCACACACAUACGCACACACACACACACACACACACACACACACACAGAAAGACCUGGAUGAAUUCAAAAACUGUAACCGUUUAGCAUUUUAAGAUGUCUGCACACCUUCUGACACUCCCCUCAAGGACCUGUCCAGUCUCACACUUCUAACACACACACACACACACACACACAUUUGUCAUAUGUGAAGUCAAUAUGUGGUGUCAUUUUCUCAAGAAUAUAGUUAUGUACUUUUGCAUAUAUACUUUUAUGAUUCCAGUUCAUUCACAUUUUCACUACUCCAGAUGAAUGCAAUCAGAUGAUGCAAGCAAUUGAUAAGUUCUAUUAGAGGAAACAAAGUAUAUCUAUCUGCAACAAGAGGUCAGCACACCACUCAUCCUGUCAGCUGUCUUCCUGUCAACCUCACCAUUCUCUCAGCUAAAUCGCCCUAACUAGAUCAUGUGCCAAACAUGGGCUGGUUCUAAUUUCAUCUUCUUACAUAUGCCUCAGUAUCACUGUAAUGUUCAUUAAUUAAGUCAAUAUAAAAUUUCUGCAUUUAAUUAAGAUUUGCUGAACUUUUGCUGGAUUUAUACAUGAUGAAUUGCAAUACAAAUCAAGUGUUAAAAAAUUUACACUGUCAACACAAACAAAGCAAUGUCAGUCAGAUUAGUGUCAAAAGAACAGUAACCCAACAUCAGCAAGUCUCACAACCACGACAAGAAAGACAACAUGCAGAUCGACAGGGUGGGAAAAUGGACACCUGAAAGCAGCACUGAGGUGACUGGACAUCAUAAUCAGACAAAAGCCAACACACCACAGAUCUCACAGGCAUAGUGGAAGAACGAGACCUUAGUCUCACCUCAUCAGGUGUUCCAGACCUCCAAAGGUGAGAAAACCAUUUGACAGCUCAGUAGGAGACAGCCUCAAGAAUGUUUACAGACUGACUGUGGGGGUAAAACGUACAAUACAGGGACACCUUUCAAAAUUUAAACACAUUUCUUUGGUCAUCAACUUGUGUGUUUUGUCAGUGAACCAAAUAUUAAAAUACUUCCUACAAACAAAAUAUAUAUACAAAUAUAUAAUAAUAAUAACCUUUAUUUUCUAUAGCGCCUUUAAAAGGACAUGUCAAAGCGCUUUACAAAAGCAAAACAAAAACAAGAAAAAUACACACAUAAUAUAAAGAUUAAAAUUAAAGCAACAAAAAUAGACAAUAAAAUAUGCACUAUGUAAAAUUACAAUUAGUCAAAUUAAAAGCUACCCUAAAAAAAUAAGUUUUAAGCAGAGAUUUAAAAGUGCCAAGAGAUGUUGCUUGCCUUAUCUCAGUUGGUAAAGAAUUCCACAGUUUUGGAGCUAGUGAAGAGAAGGCCCUAUCUCCCAUCAAUUUUAAACGAGUUAAAGGAACAGUUAAAAGACCAGUUUCAGAAGAACGAAGGUCGUGAGAUGGAAUAUAAGGAAUUAAAAGAUCAGCCAAAUAUUGAGGAGCUAACCCAUGUAAGGCCUUGUGGGUAAGCAUCAGAAUCUUAAAAUCAACCCUAAACCUAACUGGGAGCCAGUGCAAGGACUCCAAAACGGGAGUAAUGUGAUCUUUUAACUUUGUUCUUGUAUAUACACAUAUAACACAUAACGGUCCAGUACACAUGUGUGUAUAUGCACAUGCACACACAAAGAGGGGUGACAAGAUAAUUAUUCUUUUUUUAUUAUUAUUAUUAUUUAUCUUCUUUGCGCAAAUGAAAACUGUAAACAAUUCUGUAAUAAGACUGCACUUACUUAGUAUGUACGAUGUUAAAAAUAGACAUGCUUAGAAUAUGACUUUUUAUGAAAUUGUUAUUUUAUUCUGUUUUGUCAGUAUUUUAUAGAGCUUCUCAAAAACCUCUCUAGUGAAAUAUCAAAGCUUCAGUAUGGGGUCAGUGACUUUCAUGCCAGCGAGUUUGGAUUUGCUUACUUUAAAGUUGGAGCCGUGUAUUUAUUUCAGUUCUAAACCAAAUUACACGUCAGCAAUACAAUGAAGUGGACAAUCACAGUGAGAUAUUUCAUAUUGUUACUAAUCAUGUAACAAAAAUACUGCAUUGUUAGAUAUUACUCAGGUUAAGCAUGUGCCAAUGAAUAUUAAGCUCCAUUUGUGUACUUAAUGGAGAUGUUGAAAGUUACUGAGUUGAAAUAACAGGGUUUUAGUUUAUUGUUUCCUGGUUCUAACUAGUAAGGUGCAAACAGCUGAUAAGGAUAAGCUUAACUGGAAGUUAUUUUUUUGGUAAACUGUUUCUAAUUUCAAGUGCAAUUUAAAAAGUGUUUCUGUUAAUUUAAGAGAACUGUUUUUUAUUCUUCUUGAACAAAUCUUGAAUAUGCAUUCAAAACAUUGUUUGAAUCUUUUAUGAACAUUGAGAAUACAGGUGUACAGUAUUGUUAAGAUAAUUGUUAUGAUAUGUUUUAGGUGACCCCUAGUGGAAUAUCUCUCUAUCCAGAUAAAAUCAUUUAUCAAAGGUUAAAAAUGGGUGCACGGUUUUGCAUAUACUGUAGAAUGAUAUAUGAAGAAAUCUGCAUCCGGUUCAUGCAUCCGAAACUAUGACAAAGCCUCAAAAUGAGUUGUUAGGCUCAGUAAUGAAUCUGUGUGGACAUAAGUACUCGUACUAUUAUUCCCUUAUUUACAUACCCAAUGCAAGCAGCAUACUUAGAGUAUAAACUCAAAUAUAAAUAUAACUCCUAUGACUAAUGCCACGUGUGUGAGGGAAUUUACCUUUAAGCUUUCCCCCCUAUAAUGCUUUUUUUUGAAGGAUUAGCAGUGCCAUUAUCAGGGGUAUAUUUAUAUGAUGUACCACUUAAUCUAAAGUUUAACAUGGUGUAUCUGCUCUGUGAAUAAAAAAAACAUAUUCUGUACCAUGAUUAAUAAUUUUCUCUAAUGUACAGUUAAAUCCAAGGUUCAUGACAAACAGGAGCCCUUUUCCCGAAAUAAUUCAGGCAGACUGUACAGAAUAAAUUGAUGUAUUUUAUUUGUUCUAACUGUAAUAAAACAUGUCAUUUUUCA